AUGUCAAACAAUCGACUCCUCCUAGUCGAUACUCCUGGUUUCGACGACUCUGAAGGCUUGUCGGAUCAGGAUAUAGUGGACCAGAUAAUACGCUGGAUCCAAGAUUAUUGUGGAAGAGGAAAUGCAACAGUCAAAUGUGGUGUUAUUCUCCUCCAGGAGGAAAAGCAGCGAGAUUGCUACCAGGGUGGACCCAACCUCGUACGGCACCUCGAAACAGCUCUCCACAGGUAUAGGGCUGCGGUAUUGACCAUCAUGACCAACGACAAGGUCAGGAACGGGGGCCAGGACGUUUACAAAUACAGCGGGAGGACAUACGGAGUGUCAGAGGUGACGACAUUCUGUCACGAGCAACUAGGUCGCAUACUUGGUGCAGGUUUACCAGCAAAAGACUUGUUGGCGGAGCUGGCGGAGGCUCGCAAGGUGGUUAGGGGUAGCACUGGGAAAAGAUCUAUUAUAGCACGGUUCAUGAACCGCUUGAAGAAGGCAUUCAGUUAAUAGCUAUACAACCACAACCAAGACACAUUUUACUC